AUGCAGCUCUUCUCCAGUGCAGGGCUGCUCCUGCUCACCCAGGUCUCUGUGUGUCGCUGUGCUCCAGGGGCCAACCUCACGUCCAACCUGGACGUCAAGAUUGUCUUCACUCCCAUGGUGUGUUGGAGGGUGUGCAUCCAGGAAUUGGGUGAAUAACACUCAUGAUUUCCCUUUGGAUCCAGAUGCACGUGUGUGUGUGUUCGUGUGUGCGUGUGUGUGUGUGUGUGCGUGCGUGUGUGAGUGCGUGGUGGGCAUCAGCCCGACUGUUAAACAGUGUUGGAGGAAGUAUAAAAAAUCUGGUGGAAGAACAAAGCGAUCACACUUCUGGCUGUUUGUGCUGUGAGCAUUUGAUUUGGUCUGGUCGUAUAUGACAAAAUUCCUUUUAUACUAAACAGAAUCUUCUAUUAAUUAGCCAUGCACAUGCUGCUCUGACCUACAACAGAUGUGAGUCAGUGGAUUACUAUAGCGCCUAAGUACGAUAUAAUAUUCUUGAUUCAAUUAAAGCAAAAUAUGUAAAAACAUAUGGAAUCUCAUCUAUAAAAUCAAUUAAGUAAUGCUAUGACCUAAGACAGACAAAAUGCUAUGACCUAAGACAGAUAUAAUGCUAUGACCUAAGACAGAUAUAAUGCUAUGACCUAAGACAGACAUAAUGCUAUGACCUAAGACUGACAUAAUGCUAUGACCUAAGACAGACAUAAUGCUAUGACCUAAGACAGACAUAAUGCUAUGACCUAAGACAGACAUAAUGCUAUGACCUAAGACAGACAUAAUGCUAUGACCUAAGACAGAUAUAAUGCUAUGACCUAAGACAGACAUAAUGAUAUGACCUAAGACAGACAUAAUGCUAUGACCUAAGACAGACAUAAUGCUAUGACCUAAGAUAGACAUAAUGCUAUGACCUAAGACAGACAUAAUGAUAUGACCUAAGACAGACAUAAUGCUAUGACCUAAGACAGACAUAAUGCUAUGACCUAAGACAGACAUAAUGCUAUGACCUAAGACAGACAUAAUGCUAUGUUUGUCUUUCACACUCUCAGAAAUACAGUACGAUAUUAUGUUUAACAUGUUGACCAUGUGUAAAUGGAUUAUAUGCUGGUGUUCAGUAUGUUGUUGGUGUAUGUUUAGUGACUGGUGUUGAGAGAGAGGUUUAUAGGAUCUGGUGUCGUCUGUCUCGUUACCAGGACCCAAGUGAGGCGAGGACCAGCCGACUCUUCGUCUCCCCAGCGGACUGGGACGUCUCGCACAGUCAAACGAUACCCAUCAUCCACUGGCUCCAUCAUCUCCAACUCCCUGCCCAAUGGGAACGGACAUUACAAUGGGAAUGGUCGUAACGGCCACAGACCCAUCACCAAUGGCCACAACAACAGACAAGUCAACAAUGUAGUGGCGCCAGCAGGUAAUGACCAGAAAAAGAAAAAAAAGUUUCACCUAAGUUGAUACCUCUGUUCUAUAUUUCUUUAUUACCCUGCUUUGUAACAAAUAUAAACACAUAUACCCUAUGAUAUGUAUGACACAUACACACACACUCACACAGUGAAUUUCUGUCAUCACUAAAUGGAACAUUAGAUUUUUUUUGGGGGGGGAGUGGUGUUGGCUCCGUCCCAGGCUAACCAGGCAGCAGGGCCAGAGAUUGUGACUGUCUGUGGCCCGUUAAGAAUGCAGCUCUUCUCCAGUGCAGCGCUGCUCCUGCUCACCCAGGUCUCUGUGUGUCGCUGUGCUCCAGGGGCCAACCUCACGUCCAACCUGGACCGCAUCAAGAUUGUCUUCACCCCCAUGGUGUGUCGGAGGGUGUGCAGCGGCGGCCACUGCUACAACAGCUGUGAGAAGGGUGACAUCACCACCGUCUACAGUGAGAACCAGCAGCAGCACCAGCCACCCAAGACCCAGGGCUUCAGACUCUGUGAGUCUUUUUCACUCCCUCCCCCUUUUUCUUCUCUCCCUCCCCUUCACCCUCUCUCUCUCUCUCUCUCUCUCACCCUCUCCCUCUCCCUCCCGCUCUCACUCUCUCCCUCUCUCUCCCUCCCGCUCUCUUGCUCUCACUCUCUCCCUCUCUCUCGCUCUCUCUCUUGCUCUCUCUCCCUCUCGCUCUCUCUCUCUCUCGCUCUCAAAUCAAAUCAAAUUUUAUUGGCCACAUGCGCUGAAUACAACAGGUGCAGACAUUACAGUGAAAUGCUUACUUACAGCCCUUAACCAACAGUGCAUUUAUUUUUAAUAAAAAAGUAGAAUAAAACAAAAAGUGUUGAGAAAAAAAGAGCAAAGUAAAAUAAAAUAACAGUAGGGAGGCUAUAUAUACAGGGGGGUACCGGUGCAGAGUCAAUGUGUGGGUGCACCGGCUAGUUGAGGUAGUUGAAGUAAUAUGUACAUGUGGGUUAAAGUGACUAUGCAUAAAUAAUUAACAGAGUAGCAGCAGCGUAAAAAGAUGGGGUGGGGGGUGCAGUGCAAAUAGUCCGGGUAGCCAUGAUUAGCUGUUCAGGAGUCUUAUGGCUUGGGGGUAGAAGCUGUUGAGAAGUCUUUUGGAACUAGACUUGGCACUCUGGUACCGCUUGCCAUGCGGUAGCAGAGAGAACAGUCUAUGACUAGGGUGGAUGGAGACUUUGACAAUUUUGAGGGCCUUCCUCUGACACCGCCUGGUAUAGAGGUCCUGGAUGGCAGGAAGCUUGGCCCCAGUGAUGUACUGGGCCGUACGCACUACCCUCUGUAGUGCCUUGCGGUCGGAGGCCAAGCAGUUGCCAUACCAGGCGGUGAUGCAACCAGUCAGGAUGCUCUCGAUGGUGCAGCUGUAGAAUUUUGCAGCUGUAGAAUCUGAGGACCCAUACCAAAUCUUUUCAGUCUCCUGAGGGGGAAUAGGCUUUGUCGUGCUCUCUUCACGACUGUCUUGGUGUGUUUGGACCAUGAUAGUUUGUUGGUGAUGUGGACACCAAGGAACUUGAAGCUCUCAACCUGUUCCAGUACAGCCCCGUCGAUGAGAAUGGGGGCGUGCUCAGUCCUCUUUUUUUUCCUGUAGUCCACGAUCAUCUCCUUUGUCUUGGUCACGUUGAGAGAGAGGUUGUUAUCCUGGCACCACACGGCCAGGUCUCUGACCUCCUCCCUAUAGGCUGUCUCGUCGUUGUCGGUGAUCAGGCCUACCACUGUUGUGUCGUCGGCAAACUUAAUGAUGGUGUUGGAGUCGUGCCUGGCCAUGCAGUCAUGGGUGAACAGGGAGUACAGGAGGGGACUGAGCACGCACCCCUGAGGGGCCCCCGUGUUGAGGAUCAGUGUGGCAGAUGUGUUGUUACCUACCCUUACCACCUGGGGGCGGCCCAUCAGGAAGUCCAGAAUCCAGUUGCAGAGGGAGGUGUUUAGUCCCAGGAUCCUUAGCUUAGUGAUGAGCUUUGAGGGCACUAUGGUGUUGAAUGCUGAGCUGUAGUCAAUGAAUAGCAUUCUCACGUAGGUGUUCCUCUUGUCCAGGUGGGAAAGGGCAGUGUGGAGUGCAAUAGAGAUUGCAUCAUAUGUGGAUCUGUUGGGGCGGUAUGCAAAUUGGAGUGGGUCUAGGGUUUCUGGGAUAAUGGUGUUGAUGUGAGCCAUGAUCAGCCUUUCAAAGCACUUCAUGGCUACAGAUAUCAGUGCUACAGGUCGGUAGUCAUUUAGGGAGGUUAUCUUAGAGUCCUUGGGCACGGGGACUAUGGUGGUCUGCUUGAAACAUGUUGGUAUUACAGACUCGGUCAGGGACAUGUUGAAAAUGUCAGUGAAGACACUUGCCAGUUGGUCAGCACAUGCUCGGAGUACACGUCCUGGUAAUCCGUCUGGCCCUGCGGCCUUGUGAAUGUUGACCUGCUUAAAAGUCUUACUCACAUCGGCUACGGAGAGCGUGAUCACAUAGUCAUCCGGAACAGCUGGUGCUCUCAUGCAUGCUUCAGUGUUGCUUGCCUCGAAGCGAGCAUAGAAGUGGUUUAGCUCGUCUGGAAGUCUUGUGUCACUGGGCAGCUCGCGGCUGUGCUUCCCUUUGUAGUCUGUAAUAGUUUUCAAGCCCUGCCACAUCCGGUGUAGUACGAUUCAAUCUUAGUCCUGUAUUGACUCUUUGCCUGUUUGAUCGUUCGUCGGAGGGCAUAGCGGGAUUUCUUAUAAGCGUCCGGGUUAGAGUCCUGCUCCUUGGAAAGCGGCAGCUCUACCCUUUAGCUCAGUGCGGAUGUUUCCUGUAAUCCAUGGCUUCUGGUUGGGGAAUGUACAUACGGUCACUGUGGGGACGACAUCAUCGAUGCACUUAUUGAUGAAGCCAGUGACUGAUGUGGUGUACUCCUCAAUGCUAUCUGAAGAAUCCCGGAACAUGUUCCAGUCUGUGCUAGCAAAACAGUCCUGUAGCUUAGCAUCUGUUUCAUCUGACCACUUUUUUAUUAACCGAGUCACUGGUGCUUCCUGCUUUAGUUUUUGCUUAUAAGCAGGAAUCAGGAGGAUAGAGUUAUGGUCAGAUUUGCCAAAUGGAGGGCGAGGGAGAGCUUUGUAUGCGUCUCUGUGUGUGGAGUAAAGGUGGUCUAGAGUUUUUUUCCUCUGGUUGCACAUUUCACAUGCUGGUAGAAAUUAGGUAGAACUGAUUUAAGUUUCCCUGCAUUAAAGUCCUCGGCCACUAGGAGCGCUGCCUCUGGAUGAGCGUUUUCCUGUUGACUUAUGGCCUUAUACAGCUCAUUCAGUGCAAUCUUAAUGCCAGCAUUGGUUUGUGGUGGUAAAUAGACAGCUAUGAAAAAUAUAGAUGAAAACUCUCUUGGUAAAUAGUGUGGUCUACAGCUUAUCAUAAGAUACUCUACCUCAGGCGAGCAAAACCUCGAGACUUCCUUAGUAUUUUAUUUUGUGCACCAGCUGUUGUUUACAAAUAUACACAGACCGCCCCCCUUGUCUUACCGGAGUCAGCCGUUCUAUCCUGCCGAUGUAGCGUAUAGCCCGCUAGCUGUAUGUUGUCCAUGUCGUCGUUCAGCCACGACUCGGUGAAACAUAAGAUAUUACAGUUUUUAAUGUUCCGUUGGUAGGAAAACCGUAAUCUUAAGUCAUCCAAUUUAUUCUCAAAUGAUUGAAGAUUGGCUAAUAGGAUUGAUGGGAGCGGCAGUUUACUCACUCGCCGUCGGAUCCUUACAAGGCACCCGACCUACGUCCACGAUAUCUCCGUCUCUUCCUCAUGCGAAUGACGGGGAUUUGGACCUUGUCGGGUGUCUGUAGGAUAUCCUUCGCGGCCGCCUCAUUGAAGAAAAAAUCUUCGUCCAAUACGAGGUGAGUAAUCGCUGUCCUGAUAUCCAGAAGCUCUUUUUGGUUAUAAGAGACGAUGGCAGAAACAUUAUGUACAAAAUAAAUUACAAAUAACGCGGAAAAACACACAUACUAGUACAAUUGGUUAGAGGGCUGUAAAACGGCAGCCUUCUUCUCCGGUGCCAUUAUAUGCCAUCUCACUCUCGCUAUGUCUGAAUGUAGUCCAGGGUUGAGAGGGGGAAAGAGGCCGGGAGCAGUGUGAAAGAGAGAGAGCGAGAGGGGCAGAGGGGAGAGAGCAGGUCUCCCUGCCCAUUGUGUCGCAGGGCUCAGUGGAGGAGGUUAAGCUAACCACACACGUGGAAGCACAGCUCUCACGCUCCCAACACUUAGCCCGGUCUUUUUGUGGUUUACACCUCUCUCUCAGCGCCACGGUUAACCAUUUAACGUGCUCACUGGGCGUGAUAGAGAGGGAGUAGCAGCGUGAACAGGAUUUUAUAGGGAUUACAUUAAAGCUACCAUAUAUCCGCAGGCUUUGCUAUAAACUCACACAGAACAAUACCCAAUGCUUGGGGGUCCGGCGCUGUUUCCAUAGUGUUCCCCUCCGCCCAUAUCAAACACACGCCGCCGACACUUCACGUCAUUUAGCAGACACUCUUAUCCAGAGCGACUUACAGUUAGUGAGUGCAUACAUUAUUAUAUAUAUUUUUUUUCAUAUUGGCCCCCCGUGGGAAACGAACCCACAACCCUGGCGUUGCAAACGCCAUGCUCUACAUCCCUGCCUGUCAUUCCCUCCCCUACCCUGGGCAUGGGUCUCCCGGUGGCGGCCGGCUACGUCAGAGCCUGGAUUCGAACCAGGAUCUCUAGUGGCACAGCUAGCACUGCGAUGCAGUGCCUUAGACCACUGCGCCACUCGGGAGGUACACUUAACACACUAAGCUCCUCAUGGGAGGAACUGGCUGAGUCAUGAAUAGAUAAAAAUAUUGUUUUGCUCCCAUUAAUAGGUUUUUGGAAAAUGGCUUGGCACUUCAGUGGCUUGGCAGAGCCGUUGCACAACAAUGCAUUCCUGGCACUUCUGGGUGAUCCUGAGAAGUAGUUUGUUUUAUAUGUUCGAUUUUAUUUGAAAGAAAUCUCUGAUCAUUAAAACAUCUGUAAAAAGACUCUGUUAAAGGAAAUUGCUCGACAUCCAAGCUGGCAUUUUGUUGUUGCUGAAGUGCGUGUUCCUCAAGGAAUGUCAAGUGGACAGCGUACAGUUAUGUCAUGUUGUUGUAAAAACUAUGUGGAUAACAUCAUUCCACUGUUGGGCUCUCUGGAUUCACAACAUUGAACAGUUAUUCUAAACCCUGAUAUUACUGGGACGAGAGACUUAGAGAAGCCAUUUAACGAUGCAUUUCAAAGAUGGUGGUGGUGGUGUGUGGCACAGGCAUGAAUUGUAUCUUCCUGUCUGUCUGGUAGGUAGAGGUUGGGUAAGAGAAAAAGUCAGGUUGUUGCCUAGGAAUAAUUCCUGCCCCAUGCUGAGGUGGGAUAGGGCUAGGCUGAAGCUGGGACUGAGACUGUGUCUGCGGUGAGACUGAGACAGCGACUGUGUCUGCGGUAAGGCUAAGACUGAGGCUGCUCCCCAGAUUGGGAGGAAUUAAUGUCCCUUUGUAGCUGAUAAUUUAGCUAGCAUGUGUAAUCACAGGGGGGCUUCAUGUGGGCCUGAACACUGGCUCCAUAUCCCCCAUCUCUCCACCACUGUCUUUCUUUCUCUCUUUCUCUGUAUUUCUUUCUCUCUUUCCUUCUCUCUCUCUCUCUAUCUCUCUUUUUCCACCACUUUCUUUCCAGACAGACUGUCGUGCCUCAGCCCUCCCUGCCCAGGUCACACCCUCUGUCUGUCUGUCUGUCUGUCUGUCUGUCUGUCUGUCUGUCUGUCUGUCUGUCUCUGUCUCUGUCUGUGUGGGACAGGGGUUAUAGCGCCACAACAUGAUUGGGUCCAGAGCUUUUAACUAUAUGUUUCCACAGCUACAACUCUCUUUCAUCUGCUGUUAGAGACCUGCCUCAUCACAGGGGUCAGGAUAACGGAGUACAAAUAUGCAGCAUAAAAAUAAUCAAUGUCAUUUUUGGUACUGUUGGACCAAAAAGGGCAUCAACCUUUUUUAUUUUGGGCACUUAGAAGAUUCCCUUUUAUUUGGGCCAGGCUGUUAUCGAUUUUGUAUUUUACGGCCUUUGAAGUUUGAGUGAGUUGAGGUUAAGGUUUAAGCUCCUUUGUAGAUCCUGGUAUGGAGCAGUAUGUAGGACACUGGCACAUCUGCCAAGGGAUAAACAGAAUGAAAAGGCUAUGAACGCAACCUGUCAAACACCAGCUUCUUUGCUCCUUUGAAAUUCUAUCCAAACUGUUAUUUUGGUAGGUGAGAGUUUCAUUUUCAACAGAGAAAGUAUCAAAUAUGGGAGUGCAUACAUUCAUUAUUUUCUUGAAACCUGGGUGUUUAAAUGAGGCACAAACACACAUCAUGGGACAGCUGAGAAAGGUUUGGCUUAAUAGGGAGGGGCGAUAUUAGUAGUGUGUGUUGCCCUCAGGGUGAAGUUUGAACUUCAUAAACCCAUGUCAAAUGAGGUGUCUGGUAGUGAAUGUGGUGAUGGUUAUGUGAACAUUACAUUAAAGAAAACAAGUUGUCCACAUGAAGUCUCCGUACACACUUUCUAUUAGAACUAUCCCUCCUGCUUCUCAUUAUCUGUAUGGACCCCAGCAUAAAUCAACUCAAUUAAAGCUGGCGGUUCCUUACACUAACUAACCUUUCUCUCCGGUAAUGACCAUGGUCUCUCUUGCUUUCUCCUCCCCUCCCCUCUCUCUCUCUCUCUCUCUCUCUCUCUCUCUCCUGCAGUCUUCUGUCAGAUCCCCUGUCUGAAUGGUGGGCGCUGCAUUGGCAGGGACCAGUGCUGGUGCCCAUUAAACUCCACAGGGAAGUUCUGCCACCUCCCGGCCCCCCCUUCUGCCAGACCCACCCUCAGCCGGAAGGACGGCAGCCUGGCUGGACUUAACUCCUCCUCCCACUCCAUGUACACCCUGCCGCUGUCUAAUCAACAAGGUAAUCACCUAGCCGUCUGUGUGUCGAGCUCGAUGGAACACAUGGACACAGUCUCUGGUUUACUGCUGUCCGUUAUAAAUUUAAUUAAUCAUGCCCUCUCAACUGUUCUGGUUCUGUUUGAACUAACUCAGUUUUAUUUGUUGAUGUGCAACGGCCCAGUUAGUAACUGUGCUGUACUCUACCUUUGCGAACCAGCAGUGAAUGGGUUCUCAGUAGAAUAUGUAAUGGGGUGUUUUGGGGAAUUCCUCAUAUUGUUCACACAGUGCUCCCUCUAUCAACAGAAAACCCUAUAGUGAAUUAGAAACAGAGCAUGCCCUAACCAGUGCCUUGAAGAGCAGCUAAAAUAAGCAUCCGGGGGGGGGGGGUGCUGUGGGAUUAUUUAAGGGUAGGGUUUCAUAUGUUUUCGGAAGAUGGGCAGGGACUCUGCUGUCCUAGUUUCAGGGGGAAGCUGGUUCCACCAUUGGGGUGACAGAGAAGCUCUUGGACUGGACUGGGUGGGAGGGCCAAGAGACCAGAGGUGGCAGAACGGAGUACUCGGGUUGGGGUGUAGGGUUUGAGCAGAGCCUGAAGGUAGGGAGGGGCAGUUCCCCUUGCUGCGCCGUAGGUCUUGUAGUGGAUGCGAGCUUCGACUGGAAGCCAGUGGUGUGUGCAGAGGAGCGGGGUGACAUGGGAGAAUUAUGGAAGGUUGAACACCAGGCGGGCUGCAGCGUUCUGGAUAAGUUGCAGGGGUUUGAUGGCACAUGCGGGAAGCCCAGCCAACAGCGAGUUGCAAUAGUUCAGACGGUAGAUGACAAGUGCCUGGAUUAGGUCCUACUCUACUUCCUGUGUGAAGUAGGGUCGUACUCUACGGAUGUUGUAGAGCAUGAACCUGCAGGAGCGAGUCACUGCUUUGAUGUUUGCAUAGAACGACAGGGUGUUGUCCAGGGUCACGCCAAGGUUCUUUGCACUCUGGGAGGGGGAUACCAUGAAGUUGUCAACUGUGAUGGAGAGGUCUUGGAGCGGGCAGGCCUUCCCCGGGAGGAAGAGCAGCUCCCUCUUGUUGCGGUUGAGCUUGAGCUGGUGGGCCGACAUUCAAGCUGAGAUAUCUGCCAGGCACGCAGAGAUGCGUGUCGCCAUCUGGGUGUCAGAAGGGAGGAAGGAGAAAAGUAGUUGAGUGUCAUCCGCAUAGCAAUGAUAGGAGAGAACAUGUGAGAAUAUUACGGAGCCGAGUGACUUGGUGUAUAGAAAGAAGAGGAGAGGGCCUAGAACCGAGCCCAGGGGAACACCAGUAGUGAGAGUAUGUGGUGCAGACACAGAUCCUCUCCACGUCACCUGGUAGGAGCGGACUUCCAGGGAGAUGCAUUCCAAGAGUGUGCAGGGCCUGUGACGCCCAGCUCUGAGAGGGUGGAGAGGAGAAUCUGAUGGUUCACGGUAUCGAAGGCAGCGGAUAUAUCUAGGAGGAUGAGAAGAAAGGAAAGAGAGUCAGCUUUGACUGAUUAGGGUCAAGAAGAUCGUUCUGAGAGAGAUAGCGAGAGAGUUGGUCAGAGACAGCAUGCUCAAGUGUUUUGGAAUGAAAAGAAAGAAGGGAUACCGGUCCGUAGUUUUUGACGUCAGAGGGGUCGAGUGUUGGUUUCUUGAGGAGGGGAGCUACUCUGACCAUUUUGAAGUCAGAGGGGACGCAGCCAGUGGUCAGGGAUGAGUUGAUGAGGGAAGUGAGGAAUGGGAGAAUGUCUCCAGAGACAGUCUGGAGACGGGAGGAGGGGAUGGGGUCCAGCGGGCAGGUUGUCGGGCGGCCGGACCUCACCAGUCACAUGAUUUCAUCUGUAGAGAGAGGAGAGAAAGAGGUCAAGGCGUAGAGUUCACCGUUUUUUUUUUACAUGACAUAAAAAACGUAAGCCUAUGCAACAUUAACCUAUUAAAAACAGUUAUGUAGCAAUUAGGUUUGUGAAGUAGGCUAUAGGCCCAAUACAUUAUCACCACAUAUUGGCUUUGCUUGAAUUUCCCUGCCAAUGCAUUGUUGUUAUGACAAUAGUUUUUAAAUGAUAUAAAAAAAUGUGAGUUAGGCAAUAUGAUCACUCCGGUAAUAGAUCAUUUUCUUUUUCUUUUUCUUUUACUGGCUGAUGGUGCCUGCAUCUGAUGGUCAGUCUCAGCGGAGCGAGAGAGAAGCAGACGGAGGAUCCGCCUCUCAACGUCCUUCUUCCGCUGACACUGACCAAAAAGGGACACCGUCUUCCAGCUGAUGGCGAAACUCGAGUCGCACCGCAUUAGUUCUGCCUCAUGCACAAAUUCAUGUUGUUACUCCUAUGAACAGAGAAAUUGAAAUAUUCCUCAAAAAAGAAAAAAGACCCAAGCCGCUAAUAAUAACAACGCAAGUCUAUCGAUACACUUUCCUACUCAUUCAUUACAGCCUCAGUGCUUGUUGUAGCGCUGAGUGGAAUUAUGAAGAACACACAUUUUAUGGCUUAUAAAAGUGUUGAAUACAAAGUGUUGACAGUGCUGAGUAAGAACUUAAACAUGAACUCACUCAUAAAAACAGCAGCUCCUUGCUGUAUUCGCUGACAGUCUGUCUCUAGUCAUGGUUUGAAACGUUUUUAAAUCUCACAGUAUCAACUUUGCUGUAGCUUUCUUUUAUGCCUGCUACGUUACUGCAGACACGAUCAUCUGAGCCAUCUGAUUGGCCAGCGGUAGGCCUAUAGUGCACUUGAUUUGCUCUCCGGGCCCGCCGGGAAGGCAGAGUUUGACCCUUCAGACACAUGAAAUGGUUCAAACACCUGGUUGAUGUGUUAACAAUCAUCUGCAAGUUAUGAGCAGUCGGCAGCUCACACAUCAAGUAGGCUACUGGGAAGACAGGCAGCACUUAAAGUCGAUGGCCCUAGCUAGCAAAAAGACAGUACUAGACAACAACAGAUUAAGACAAAAAUUAUACGUAUUACUCCUGGAGAUAUCAGGAGUCCUUUAGCUAUAGAAUUAAGCACUUUAGUAUGUUUUAAGUGCCCUUUAAUUUGUACUUUAUCUCCAUAUGCUAAGACCUGGCUUGGGCUAAAGAGGUUAUUUACAGCCCUUUGGGAACACCCUUUGAGAAGCAUUGAAUUUCAGAUUUCACUGCAAGGUUAGGUCCAGGACUAUUCAUCAUGUUCUUUACCAUGUCCAUCCAGAUUGGGCUCAAGGUGUUUCUGCUGGUGUGAUGGUAGAGAGUUUUGCCUGACUAACUGUGCUGUGCGUUCUGUGUCCUGUCCAGCCUCUCUACACCCGUCCCUGGUGAAUGUCCACAUCCAGCACCCCCACGAGGCUGAGGUCCAGAUCCACCAGGUAGCCCGGGUCAAGCCUGGCCAGAGACCUGCCACAGCUGAGGGGGGUCACUCUAUACAGCAGCGCUCCCAACCUGGCCAUGGCACCGGAAAUGGGCAUGGGCACUCCAAUGGAAACGGUCAUGGGCAUGGGAAUAGGCACGGAAACGGACACACCUUCGCCAACGGGAAUGGUAGUAGCAACUCCAGACCCCACAGCCGGCAGAACGGAUACGUGGGAAGGUGCUUCCAAGAGACCGUCGAUGGACAGGUACAGUACGGUGCUCUGAGUGAAGUACACUGAACACAGUAAAUUAUAGUUGAUGAUGAUCCUAGCUAGGGCUGUGGCGGUCAUUACAUUUUGUCAGCCGUUAACUGUCAUGCAAAUAACUACUGGUCUAAUAAAUGUAUUUAUUAUAGCAUACACCAUCACAAUAAAUCCACUAUUUAUUUUAGGCAGGUCUAAAGAAACAUGAUAUGAAGAAAAUGUAGCCUAUUUCAAAAGAACAGAAUAGCAUAUGCGGAGUUGUCCUUAUAUUAGGCCCUGAUCUGGCUAUGCCAUAUAGCUGUGGGCUACACUAGUUCAUUUAGCAGACAAGAUUUGCUUAGAAUUCCCGUACCAUUAUUUUAUAGUAAGAAGAAUACAAUUGAACAUAGCUGAAUCAAAUAAAAAGGAUAUUUUGCCAAAACAAUUUUCGAGGGAGUGUGCACAUGCUAUUCUGUGUCGAGCGGUUAACAAUGUGAUAAUUUGAAACAGGUCCUCCUAUAUGCUUAAUUUAUAAUUAUUUAUGCAACUUUAAUUGUGAUACAAACCUUAGGCUAUAUGUUUUGAUUUCUAAUACAUUCUAAGUCUGCAUGAUGCGACUCUAAUGAUGAUUUGAAAAAAGUUAACUUUGCUCUGUUUCUUGUGCAGGCUGCACACACUUCAUCAGUCUCUCAUUCACAAUUUGACAAGCACUUGAUACUAUUCCCACCCAUCAGACUAUUCUCGAUUUUAUCUGGUCUUUACAUACUGUAUAGCCUACUAAUACAGUGCAUUAGGAAAGUAUUCAGACAUUUACAUUUUACAUUUACGUCAUUUAGCAGACGCUCUUAUCCAGAGCGACUUACAAAUUGGUGCAUUCACCUUAUAGCCAGUGGGAUAACCACUUUACAAUGUUUUGUAUUUUUAUUUUUUAAAUUAAAAAUUUUUUUUGGGGGGGGGGGUGGGUUGGAGUAAAGGGGGCCUAGACCUUUUCCACAUUUUGUUACGUUACAGCCUUGUUCUAAAAUUGAUUAAAUAGUUUUUUUUCUCUCAUCAAUCUACACACAAUACCCCAUAAUGACAAAGCAAAAACAGGUUUUAGAUUUUUUUGCAAAUUUAUGAAGAAAAAAAAACGGAAAUAUUACAUUUACAUAAGUAUUCAGAUCCUUUACUCAGUACUUUAUUGAAGCACCUUUGGCAGCGAUUACAGCUUUGAGUCUUCUUGGGAAUGACGCUACAAGCUUGGCACACCUAUAUUUGGGGAGUUUCUCCCAUUCUUCUCUGCAGAUCCUCUCAAGCUCUGUCAGGUUGGAUGGGGAGCAUCGCUGCACAGCUAUUUUCAGGUCUCUCCAGAGAUGUUAGAUCAGGUUCAAGUCCGGGCUCUGGCUGGGCCACUCAAGGACAUUCAGAGACUUAUCCCGAAGCCACUCCUGCGUUGUCUUGGCUGUGUGCUUAGGGUAGUUGUCCUAAUGGAAGGUACACCUUCGCCCCAGUCUGAGGUCCUGAGCGCUCUGGAGCAGGUUUUUAUCAAGGAUCUCUUUGUACUUUGCUCCGUUCAUCUUUCCCUUGAUCCUGGCUAGUCUCCUUGUCCCUGCCGCUGAUAAACAUCCCCACAGCAUGAUGCUGCCACCACCAUGCUUCACCGUAGGGAUGAUGCCAGGUUUCCUCCAGACGUGACGCUUGGCAUUCAGGCCAAAGAGUUCAAUCUUGGUUUCAUCAGACCAGAGAAUCUUGUUUCUCAUGGUCUGAGUCGUUUAGGUGCCUUUUGGCAAGCUCCUAGCGGGCUGUCAUGUGCCUUUUACUGAGGAGUGGCUUCCGUCUGGCCACUCUACCAUAAAGGUCUGAUUGGUGGAGUGCUGCAGAGAUGGUUGUCCUUCUGGAAGGUUCUCCCAUUGCCACAGAGGAACUCUAGAGCUCUCUCAGAGUGACCAUCAGGUUCUUGGUCACCUCCCUGAGGCCAGCUCUAGUAAGAGUGUUGGUGGAUCCAAACUUCUUCCAUUUAAGAAUGAUGGAGGCCACUGUGUUCUUGGGGACCUUCAAUGCUGCAGACAUUUUUUGGUACCCUCCCCCAGAUCUGUGCCUCGACACAAUCCUGUCUCGGAGCUUUACGGACAAUUCCUUCGACCUCAUGGCUUGGUUUUUGCUUUGACAUGCACUGUCAACUGUGGGACCUUAUAUAGACAGGUGUGUGCCUUUCCAAAUCAUGUCCAAUCAACUUGUAGAAACAUCUCAAGGAUAAUCAAUGGAAAAAGGAUGCACCAAUGCUCAAUUUCGAGUCUCAUAGCAAAGGGUCUGAAUACUUAUGUAAAUAAGGUAUUUCUGUUUUAUAAAAACCUGUUUUCUCUUUGUCAUUAGGGGGUAUUGUGUGUAGAUUGAUGAGGAAUUUUAUUUAUUUAAUCAAUUUUAGAAUAAGGCUGUAACGUAACAAAAUGUGGAAAAUUCAAGGGGUCUGAAUACUUUCCGAGUUAUUUUUGAUUUAGAAUGGCCCACAAAAAUAACAUUAAGGUUACGUUUUUAAUAUGCCAGGUAGGCUGCACCGGUUGUAAUCCGGAUUAAUGUGCUUAAUUUGGCGAAUUGAGCAAUAAAUAUAGCAGCACGAGAAAGCUGGGAUCGUCUUUUAAAUAGUGGCCUGUCAAAACUUUGUUUUCACAUGCGAUUGCGCAAUGACUGGGCUUAUAAGUACACGUUUCUGUGCCUAUUGGCUACGCUAAGAGUUAUUUGGCCACUUUAGUUGUGAUACACACCUUAUUUAAACAUAUAGGCCUAUGGGCUAGGCUAAAAAGUCGCAAAAUAAUGCAUGCUCUGUUUGUUGUCUGCAUACACUGGGCAUCAUUCACAAGUGAUAAUAUUCUCACUCAUCAGAAUAUUUUCAAUUUAAUCUUGUCUUUACAUAUACUAAAUAAUAUACAGUGCCUUCGGAAAUUAUUCAGACCCCUUUACUUUUUUCACAUUUUGUUACGUUACAGCCUUGUUCUAAAAUGGAUUAAGUUAAUACAAAAUCCUCAGCAAUCUACACACAAUACUCCAUAAUGAAAAAACGAAAACAGGUGCAUUUUACAAAUUUAUAAAAAAUAGAAAUCUGAAAUACCUUAUUUACAUACGUAUUCAGACCCUUUGCUAUGAGACACGAAAUUGAGCUCAGGUGCAUCCUGUUUACAUUGAUCAUCCUUGAGAGGAUUCUACAACUUGAUUGGAGUCCAUCUGUGGUAAAUUCAAUUGAUUGACAAGUCUCUGAAUGUCCUUGAGUGGCCCAGCCAGAGCCUGGACUUGAACCCGAUCGAACAUCUAGGGAGAGACCUGAAAAUAGCUGUGCAGCAACGCUCCCCAUCCAACCUGACAGAGCUUGAGAGGAUCUGCAGAGAAGAAUGGGAGAAACUCCCCAAAUACAGGUGUGCCAAGCUUGUAGCGUCAUACCCAGGAAGACUCGAGGCUGUAAUCGCUGCCAAAGGUGCUUCAACAAAGUACAGAGUAAAGGGUCUGAAUACUUAUGUAAAUGUUAUAUUUCUGUUUUUUAUUUUGUAUACAUUUGCAAAAAUUUCUAGAAACAUGUUUUUGCUUCGUCAUUAUGGGGUAUUGUGUGUAGAUCGAUGAGGGAAAAAAAACGAUGUAAUCAAUUUUAGAAUAAGGCUGUAACCUAACAAAAUGUGGAAAAAGUCAAGGGGUCUAAAUACUUUCCGAAGGCACUGUAUGUGUGAAAUUAGUUUUGGUUUAGAAUGGGACAUUGUCAUGCACCAGUCGGAACAAGAGCAGGGGGAAAAAAGACGUCAUCUGUAUGCACUUGAAAAGCGAAUGGAGGACGCUUUUCCCGCGGUUCAUUUUCAUGCCAGCCAGCUAGGCUACUCUGGUGUAAAGCGAAGCAAUGUGCUUAAUAUUAGGAAAGUUGAGAAAUAUGGCCUAGCCAACAGAAAUCUGAUGGGAUCCUCCUCUUUUUAGUAGAGGCCAUCAAAACUCUGUUUCCGCAUGCAAUUGCAUAGCAUAGCCAAUAGAAAUGUUGCAUAACAUUGGUUUAUAAGAACACUUAUUUCAUUCCAUGCAUCAACCAGCUAUGAGGAGCUGGCUCUCGCUGCACAACAGGUGAUCCUAUUCUGCUCAAACUCUGAAUGCCAGAGCUCUAAUGAAGUGUCUGAUUAGAUUUUCGAUUGCAUUUGCAUUGAUGUCAGAGUGAUUAGAGGGACAGUAGAGUGCUGAGUACCAGGCCAUUAGUGACUGGCCAUUAGCAAGUUUGGUAUGCUACUAAUGACAAUCAGCGGCAUUAUUAGCUGACUACUACAGGAUGUUUGCCUAGUCUUUGAAGUGGAGACCAAGUUUGGCUUCCGUGUGUUUUACCGUCUGUCCCACAGGGCAGCAUACAUACCUUCCCUCCUCUGUCUGUCUGAUAGAAGCUGUCUAUGUUCUAAUUUAUUCUGCAUCCAGGAUUUAUGAGUUCUAAACACAUUGGUCAUCUCAUCUUCCCCUCCCAACACACACAGACGUGUUAUAAGUUAGUUCUGAGUUAGGCCUGAAAGGAAGGACAAAGGAGGCUGAAAUCCACUACACGUCUCAAACACAAGGCAAACUGCUACACCCACAGUGCAUCUCCUUCACAGUCUCUCAAACACACAGAGUAAAUAAAGAAAGAGCAGUGGUGGCCAGUGGAGGAAGAAAUCAGAGGAAAGGCUCUUUGGAAUGGAAUGAAUAGAAAGGUAUCAAACACAUGGAAACUAUAUGUUUGCGAUACCGUUCCAGUCCAGCCAUUACAAUGAACCGUUCCUCAGAUUUCUACCUCCACUGGCCACCACUGUUAAUGAGAGUUCCUCACGGAGGUCCUGUACAGGCAGCAUCUGUUGGCUAGGCUGUGAGAGAUGCUGUUAUUCCCCCCUUCUUCUGUGUUUCCAACCCUAACAGCAGUUUCCUCUGUAGAGCUGCUGCCAGGCCAGUGUUGGCCUAUGUGUUAUCUGCUGCUGGACACAGAGCAGAGGAGCAGUAUCUUAUUGCUUAUUGGUUUUCCUCAAAGAAGAUCUCUGUUUGGUCUUGACUGACUUUGCCAGUGCCCUAGUUAGGUGUUCCAUAGCAAUGUGUCCUUAUCUUUUCUUCCCAAAGAUCCAUGAGGCACCAUUUGCCAGGCAGUGAGGUUUGAUAAUGAUCUCUCCAGAAUUAGCCAAGCUCCUUAACGAGCCAUGCCUAUUCGUGGAACAGCCUGUUUAUGUCCUAUGCUGCUGCCUAACCAGUCUCAGAUGUGUUCCGUUCAGCUCACUCUGUCCUCAUUCCGAUGGGAAGACUCACACACUACUACACACCCGCGCAUAAACACACAACACACACACAAUCCAAUUAAACACACACAAACUUACACACUUAGACACACACAUACAUUUACAUUUUAAUCAUUUAGCAGACACUCUAUACACACACAAAUACAGUCACGUUAAACAACAUACUAUCAAAUGAAGUGGAAAAGGAAGGUGUCAGUGAUGUGUCCUGUGUUGUGUGAGUGUGUUGAGAUGUGUGUGUGUGUUGUCAUUGCAGUGUGGGAAGCCUCUUCCUGGCCUGACCAAACAGGACGAAUGCUGUGGAAGUGUGGGAGCCUCAUGGGGCCUGAACAAGUGCACAGAGUGUCCAACCAAACCAAGUAAGUCCCUAGUUUACCCUCACAUACUGAACACACUGAACCAGUGAACCUAGAUCCUCCAGUGCUUUGCCUUGUGCUAUAUAUUUGUUAUGAUGUGUUAAUGUAGCUAAACAAUGCCUUUUACGUCAUUCAUAAACACAAUGUAUCUCUGAGAUUAACAGUCAAUCACAUUAACAUGGGGUGAUAAUUCAGGAUGAUUACUGACUUGUGUAUCCCAGAUUAGGAUUGUGCCUCGACUCCAUUGGCAUUAGGACUUACUUGUCGUCUCAUUGUAAAAUUAAGCUGUUUUUGCUUCUAGAAAAAAAACAAGGCACCAAAUGAAAACACAUUUAGCAUGAAUAACAGAGGCUAGCAGGAGUGCCUCCCAGCCUGUGGGCAGGCAGAGAUAGAGGCUGGCUCUGCCUCUCCUACUCUAACUAAAAGAAGAGAAUGAGCAGCCGUGGUCCCUGACCAAAGCUGCCUGGACUGUCGCUGCUGUGCGUUCCCUCAUUGUGUUUGUAAUAGAAGAGCCCCCCCCCCCCCCCCCCCCCCUCCCAAGGGCCCCCAAGUCCUGUUACUGGAGCUCUCCAAGGGGGUGUGUGAUGGUUGGGAGGGACCGUCCCUGCCCUUCCCUGUUAAUUCUAUCAGGAAGAGGUCUGGCUGCGGUAGAUGUCAAUUGCCUGCACAGGGUGCUGUCAUAGCCCUGCCCUGUUUAGUGUCUGUCUGUCUGCCAGAGCUCUAAUCACGAGCAGACAUCAUCUCACUCAGGUCCAUUCAUCACGAACGCACAUCUAUUCUUCUCUUCUCUCUGUGCCAGAAUCUCUCUUUCUCUCUCUCUCGCAAGUCCCCACAUCAGCAUCUCUUUUGGCUCCCAGAUGUCUUCCUCUCCUCCGUCCUUUGUAGUGGAGAGAAACUGAACGAUUCCUCAGUUCUUCUCAUUUUGUAGUUGUUUAGGAGCAACUUGGGCCUCGGUUCCAGGUCACAUGUAGAGUCGCUGGAGAUGAGAGAAUGAAAGACAAAAGAGGGAAAGAUGAAGCCACAUAGGUCCCAUGAUGAUUGGUGUAUACUUUGAAGGACUUUAUAGGGAAUACUUGACAUUUCUUACCAGUCUUAUUGUUCCCUGUGUAGAAAUGAUACUUUAUAACUAAAACAAGUGGACAAGCAUAAAUUAAGAGUAAUCAUUUUGUCAUGCCGUACAUGUCUCUGGGACUGGUCAGGUCAGUCAGUUGAGGGCUUGAUGACAAGUAUCUAUAAGGUAGUCAUUUUGUCAUGUAAGUCAUUGCAUACCUUAGAGAACUAUUUAUAACUUGUCAGAAACUGCAAAAUGUUAUUUGCACCCCAUGACAAAAUGUGUAGAAUUGCAGGAAAUAAGCUUUAAACGUGCAAAAUGUUCUCUCCACCAACAAGAGGGGUGUGAACAGUUUGUGUCAUGAACAGUGCUUGUGCCCAUAGAAAUAGACGUGGCAUGUGUGCAUGCAUGCACAGGGGGGUGCAGGAUGUUCCCCAAUGCUGGAAGGGGUGCCCUGAGUGAAAAAGUUGGGGGACCCCUGGCUUAGACCACUCGUUCAGACCUACUGUUUCCAGAACCUUUUAAUGUGUCUCCUCUGGUCAGCUCUAAGUUCCUGGAUGUAUCUCUCUGCUCCUUGUCUUUGUCUUCAGUCCUAACUCUGAUUCCCACACCAUUCCCACAUCUUUCUCCUGUAGUUCUCCCUCUAUCCGAUGGCAAGGAUUCACUGAACUCUCUGACUGAUUCGGUAAGAGACAUCCAUCCAAGACACUGCCAGACUACAUUGUUAUUUUUGGUAGUUAAAGUAUUAUUAUUGUUAUAUGGAGUGGAGAAAGCAGCGGUGCAGUGGGGAAACGAACGGGUGUGUGUUUUUGGGAGGGACGGAGGUUGACGUAAUGGAGGUUAUGACAGUGAGAUGUGCCUGUCAGUCCCAGGCCUACACUGUGGAAGCCCCAGCCCUGUUCAGCCCUGUAGGAUCGAAUGCACUGUAAACCCACAUGCUGCAAAUUCCAGUGCGUUAUGAACUCCAGUUAAAAUAAGACCCUGGUCCACCUCUCCUCUCCUCUACCUUUGGUUCUUAUGAGGCUGAGAGUGAGAGUGAGAGUGAGUGAGAGAGAGAGAGAGAGAGAGAGAAGAGAGAGAGAGAGAGAGAGAGAGAGAGAGGGAGAGAGAGAGUGAGAGAUGAGAGAGAGAGAUAUGACUCUCUCUUCCUUGCUUCUCGAUCUCUGAGCUCUCUCGUCUUCUCUCUCUCUUCUGAGUGAGUGAGUGAGUGAGUGAGUGAACGAGCGAGAGAGAGAAAGGGGGGAAAAUUGCGCCGGACCUUGUUUAAAUUUCAGGAUUAUGGGUUUGGAAAGGUUGAAGGGUGUCCUCUCACAGGAUAGGAAAAGGAAGCAGUUAGAGCUGCUUGUCCCCCUGGACUGCAAGAUGAAACCUGAUUGGAUGACGCAAGGCCAAUGUGAGGAAUGGAGUUGACAGCUAAUUUGCUUUCAAAGUAUAUUAGGAAACAUACAGUACCUAAUAAAGUGAAUCCAGCUCUUUGUAGAUACAGUAGAUCAGAUCACUUAAGUGAUAAUGCCCGAGAAGCCAGUGUUUGGAGGAUAUAUUGGCAUGGGUGUUGUUAGGCCUGAGACAAAGUCGAAAGACCGGCAAACAGUGCCAAUAUAUCCUCCAAACACCGGCUUCGAGGGUAUUAUCACUUUUAUACAACGGGUUACCAACAUAUUCAAAUAAUGAUUGACAUAUUUUCAUAGAAAAAUGUUAUUUUGAUGAAUUUAUUCAUGCUAUUUCAUUCUUCCACGAGAUAUAGUCCCGACAGAUAUCUAUGGUUGCUACCCAAGCCGGCUGGUCGUUCGUUCUAUCGGUUCGGUUGCCAGAGACGCGACCCAGUCGUUAAGUCUUUUUGUUCUGUAUCUAUGGACGUGACCCAGUCAUUCGUUCUAAGUGUUCCAUUGCCAUACUGGCUGGCAACAUUCUUAUCCCUUGCUUGAUAGCUAGCCAACUAUGGCUAACUUAGUCACGUCAAGCAGUGCAGCCAGAAUAACAACAAAGUACAGUGUGGGAAAAAUGUAUUUGAUCCCCUGCUGAUUUUGUACGUUUGCCCACUGACAAAGAAAUGAUCAGUCUAUAAUUUUAAUGGUAGGUUUAUUUGAACACUGAGAGACAGAAUAACAACAAAAAAAAUCCAGAAAAACGCAUGUCAAAAAUGUUAUAAAUUGAUUUGCAUUUUAAUGAGGGAAAUAAGUAUUUGACCCCCUCUCAAUCAGAAAGAUUUCUGGCUCCCAGGUGUCUUUUAUACAGGUAACAAGCUGAGAUUAGGAGCACACUCUUAAAGGGAGUGCUCCUAAUCUCAGUUUGUUACCUGUAUAAAAUACACCUGUCCACAGAAGCAAUCAAUCAAUCAGAUUCCAAACUCUCCACCAUGGCCAAGACCAAAGAGCUCUCCAAGGAUGUCAGGGACAAGAUUGUAGACCUACACAAGGCUGGAAUGGGCUACAAGACCAUCGCCAAGCAGCUUGAUGAGAUGGGGACAACAGUUGGUGCGAUUAUUCGCAAAUGGAAGAAACACAAAAGAACUGUCAAUCUCCCUCGGCCUGGGGCUCCAUGCAAGAUCUCACCUCGUGGAGUUACAAUGAUCAUGAGAACGGUGAGGAAUCAGCCCAGAACUACACGGGAGGAUCUUGUCGAUGGUCUCAAGGCAGCUGGGACCAUAGUCACCAAGAAAACAAUUGGUAACACACUACGCCGUGAAGGACUGAAAUCCUGCAGCGCCCGCAAGGUCCCCCUGCUCAAGAAAGCACAUAUACAGGCAUGUCUGAAGUUUGCCAAUGAACAUCUGAAUGAUUCAGAGGAGAACUUGGUGAAAGUGUUGUGGUCAGAUGAGACCAAAAUUGAGCUCUUUGGCAUCAACUCAACUCGCCGUGUUUGGAGGAGGGGGAAUGCUGCCUAUGACACCAUCCCCACUGUCAAACAUGGAGGUGGAAACAUUAUGCUUUGGGGGUGUUUUUCUGCUAAGGGGACAGGACAACUUCACUGCAUCAAAGAGACGAUGGUCAUCCGCUACAAGACCAUGGUGCUUGCCUUUGGAGCAGUGAGGGGAACGGCACCCCUGUACCUUCAGGCUCUGAUCAGUCCCUACACCCAAACGAGGACAUUGCGUUCAUCCACCUCUGGCCUGCUGGCUCCCCUUCCUCUGCGGAAGCACAGCUCCCCCUCAGCCCAGUCAAAACUGUUCGCUGCUCUGGCACCCCAAUGGUGGAACAAGCUCCCUCACGACGCCAGGACAGCGGAGUCACUCACCACCUUCCGGAGACAUUUGAAACCCCACCUCUUUAAGGAAUACCUGGGAUAGGCUAAAGUAUUCCUUCUAACCCCCCCCCCCCCCCCCAAAUUGUAAAGUGGUUAUCCCACUGGCUAUAGGGUGAACGCACCAAUUUGUGAGUCGCUCUGGCUAAGAGCGUCUGCUAAAUGACGUUAAUGUGCCCUUGAGCAAGGCACUUAACCCUAAUUGCUCCUGUAAGUCGCUCUGGUUAAGAGCGUCUGCUAAAUGACUAAAAUGUAAAAAAAAAUGUAAAAAUGAUGGACGGGGCCAUGUACCGUCAAAUCUUGGGUGAGAACCUCCUUCCCUCAGCCAGGGCAUUGGAAAUGGGUCGUGGAUGGGUAUUCCAGCAUGACAAUGACCAAAAACACACGGCCAAGGCAACAAAGGAGUGGCUCAAGAAGAAGCACAUUAAGGUCCUGGAGUGGCCUAGCCAGUCUCCAGACCUUAAUCCCAUAGAAAAUCUGUGGAGGGAGCUGAAGGUUCGAGUUGCCAAACGUCAGCCUCGAAACCUUAAUGACUUGGAGAAGAUAUGUAAAGAGGAGUGGGACAAAAUCCCUCCUGAGAUGUGUGCAAACCUGAUGGCCAACUACAAGAAACUUCUGACCUCUGUGAUUGCCAACAAGGGUUUUGCCACCAAGUACUAAGUCAUGUUUUGCAGAGGGGUCAAAUACUUAUUUCCCUCAUUAAAAUGCAAAUGAAUUUAUAACAUUUUUGACAUGCGUAUUUCUGGAUUUUGUUGUUGUUAUUCUGUCUCUCACUGUUCAAAUAAACCUACCAUUAAAAUUAUAGACUGAUCAUGUCUUUGUCAGUGGGCAAAACGUACAAAAUCAGCAGGGGAUCAAAUACCUAAUUCCCUCAAUGUUUAAGCUGUUUUCUAGUGACAUUUAUUUGGAUAUAUCCAUAAAAUUGAUGCCAGCUGAUUCAUGAUUUCGACUGGCUGACAAAAGCUGUCUGCCUGUCUGUCUCGUCCCGACUCCCGACAUGUUCAUUACUAUAGGACAGCUGAAGAUCUGUGAUGAUAGGAGUCAGGCGCAGGAGGGUAAUCACCGAACACAGAGUUUAUUCCUUCGUUGACACACAAAUGCGCUCAAAUAGCGAACAACGAAACAGGCACAGGGGAAACUCUAAUCCCUGGCAAAUACACUGUAACGGUAGAAUCCAAUAAUACAUAGGCACAGGGGAAAAUCUACCCUGGCAACAAAAUGUAUGAGUAGCUCCACCGAGCUAUACUACUCUCACAACUAACAAUCACCAACAAGGACAAGGGGGUAGAGGGAACACUUAUAUACGGACUAAUGAGGGGAUUAGAACCUGGUGUGUGUGAUUGACAAGACAAAUGUGAUGAUGAUUGGGGCGGCAGUGGUUAGUAAGCCGGUGACGACGAACGCUGAAGCCUGCCUGAACAAGGAGGGGAGGCAGCCUCGGCCGAAGUCGUGACAGUACCCCCCCCCCCCCCUUUACGCACAGCUCCAGCAGCGUGCCGACCCUGGCCUCGUGGACGGCCAGUAGGACGCUGAGCAGGGCGAGCCGGAUGGCGACGGUGGAAAUCCCGCAACAGGGAGGGAUCGAGGAUAUCCCUCACCUUGACACAGCACCGUUCCUCCGGACCGUACCCCUCCCACUCCACGAGGUACUGAAGGCCCCCCACCCAACACCUCAAAUCCAGGAUGGAGCGGACAGAGUAUGCCGGGUCCCCCCUCGAUAUCCAGAGGAGGUGGAGGAACCUCCCGCACCUCAGGCCUGAGGAGAGACACAUGAAACGAGGGGUUAAUACGGUCAUCAGGGGGAAGUAAUAAACUAUACGUGACCUCGUUGAUUCUCCUCAGGACUUUGAAUGGCCCCACAAAUUGCGGGCUCAGCUUCCGGCAGGGCAGGCGGAGGGGCAGAUUCCGGGUCGAGAGCCAGACCCGAUCCCCCGGUACGAAGACCGGGGCCUCACUGCGGUGACGGUCAGCGUUGGCCUUCUGACGAUGCACGGCGCGCUGGAGGUGAACGUGGGCAGUGUCCCACGUAUCCUCCGCGCGCCGAAACCAGUCAUCCACCGCAGGAGCCUCGGUCUGGCUCUGGUGCCACAGUGCCAGAACCGGUUGGUAACCUAAAACACAUUGGAAUGGUGUUAGGUUAGUAGAGGAGUGGCGGAGAGAGUUCUGGGCAUAUUCUGCCCAUGGCAAGUACACCGACCACUCCCCCGGCCGGUCCUGGCAGUAGGACUGCAGCAACCUACCCACAUCCUGAUUUUACCCGUUCCAACUACCCAUUUGAUUCGGGGUGGAACCCAGAGGUCAGGCUGACCAAGACCCCCAGACGUUCCAUGAACGCCUUCCAAAUCUUGGACGUGAACUGGGGACCUCGGUCGGACACCGUAACCUCUGGCACCCCGUAGUGCUGAAAGACGUGAGUAAACAGGGCCUCCGCAGUCUGCAGGACCGUGGGGAGACCGGGCAGAGGAAGGAUGCGGCAGGACUUGGAGAAGCGGUCCACAACGACCAGGAUGGUGGUGUUACCUUGGGAGAGGGGAAGAUCAGUCAGGAAAUCAACACUUAGGUGAGACCAUAGUCGUUGUGGAACUGGUAAAGGUUGUAACUUACCCGCUGGGAGGUGCCUAGGUGCCUUACUCUGGGCCCACACCGAGCAGGAGGAGACAUACACCCUCACGUCCUUAGCCAAGGUAGGCCACCAGUACUUUCCGAUCAAGCAGCGCACUGUAUGACCGAUACCUGGUUGACCAGAGGAGGAUGACGUGUGUGCCCAGAAGAUCAGACAAUCACGGAUAAGAGCAGGCACGUACCGCAGCCCAGCUGGACACUGUGGUGGAGAUGGAUCUGUGCGUAAAGCCUGCUCUAUAUCCGCGUCCAUCGCCCAUACUACCGGCGCCACAAUGCAGGAAUGUGUAAAAUCAAACCGUGUGAAGACUAGGGCCCACCUUGCCUGGCGAGUAUUCAGCCUCCUCGCUGCCCGGAUGUACUCCAGGUUACGGUGGUCCGUCCAGACGAGGACAGGAUGUUUUGCCCCUUCGAGCCAAUGCAACAGCCAACAGCUCCCGAUCACCAACGUCGUAGUUCUGCUCCGCCGGGCAAAGCUUCUUAGAGAAGAAGACACAGGGGCAGAGCUUGGGUGGUGGGCCCGAGCGUUGGGACAGGACAGCGCCUAUCCCUACCUCGGACGCAUCCACCUCCACUAUGAACGGUAGUGAUGGAUCGGGGUGGGCCAGUACCGGAGCUGAGGUGAACAGACCCCGCAGUCUCCUGAAGGCCAGGUCAGCCUCAGCAGACCAGCGGAGCCGGGACGGCCCACCCUUCAACAGGGAUGUAAUGGGAGCUGCAACCUUGCCAAAGCCCCGGAUAAACCUCUGAUAGUAGUUGGCAAAGCCAAGGAAGCGCUGCACCUCCUUAACCGUUGUUGGUGUUAGCCAAUUACUCACGGCUGAAAUGCCAUCUCCCUCCAUCUCCACACCUGAGGUGGUAAUGCGGUAUCCGAGGAAGGAGACGGACUGCUGGAAAAACAUACACUUCUCUGCCUUGGCAUAAAGGUAAUUUUCCAACAGUCGGGCCAGCACUUUGCGAACCAGGGACACAUGCUCAGCGUGAGUAGCGGAAUACACCAGGAUGUCAUCGAUGUAGACCACUACACCGCGACCAAGCAUGUCCCGAAACACCUCGUUCACAAAGGACUGGAAGACGGAUGGAUCAUUCAUCAAACCGUAGGGCAUCACCAGGUAUUCAUAAUGCCCCGUGGUUGUGCUGAAUGCUGUUUUCCACUCAUCCCUCUCCCGAACACGCACCAGGUUGUAUGCACUCCUGAGAUCUAGCUUAGUGAAGAAGCGCGCCCCAUGCAUUGACUCAAUCACUGAAGGAAUGAGGGGGAGAGGAUAACUAAAUCUAAUCGUCUCCUUGUUCAGUGAAAGAUAAUCAAUGCACGGGCGCAGACCGCCGUCUUUCUUCUUCACAAAGAAGAAACUCGAAGAGGCGGGUGAAGUGGAGGGACGUAUAUACCCCUGGCCCAGGGACUCUGAGACGUAUGUUUCCAUAGCCUCCGUUUCAGCCUGCGACAGGGGGUACACAUGAAUCCUGGGAGGUACAGCAUCUACCCGAAGGUUUAUUGCGCAAUCCCCCCCCGAUGAGGUGGUAAUUUAUUCGCACGCGUCUUUAAAAACACCUGCGCUAAAUCAAGGUAUUCGGGGGGGAAUGCGCACGGUGGAGGUACCGUCUGGACUUUCCACCGUGGUUGCACCAACGGAAACAUCUAGACACCUACCCUGACACUCUCGCGACCACCCCGUGAGAGCCCUCUGCGGCCUUGAGAAGGUGGGGUUGUGGAGUGCUAGCCAAGGGAUACCUAAUACCACAGGGAAAGCAGGAGACUCAAUAAUCGAAAAAAUAACCUGCUCACAAUGUGUCUCCUGGGUGAUCAUGGUGACUGGUAUAAUGACUUCCGUAACAAACCCGGACCCUAAUGGUCGACUAUCGAGUGCUCUGAUGGGGAGUGGAAUGGAUAGGGGAACCAAUGGAACGCCUUGACGGCGUGCGAAUGCCAUGUCCAUAAAGUUCCCAGCUGCGCCUGAAUCGACUAGCGCCUUACACUGGGGAACUACCAUGUGAUCGGGAAAGUGGAUAGGUAGGGAAACAGUGCGCAGCAGAGGGCUCUGAACAAGUGUGGGUGUUCGAUACCUGGGGUGACGCGUGAGUGCCCUGCCUGCUGCCUCCAGGCCCAAAAGAACGUUGGCUACGACGUGUGGUGUACUGUCCCUUCGUGCCACCAGAGUGGCACUGUCUCUGUCCUCCUCCGCUCUCUCGGCCGGCGGCUCCACCCACCUCCAUCAGCUCGGGAUCCGACUCAUCCGGUGUGGAAACGGGCAGACCCCUACCAGGACGUCCUCUGGCUGCCAGCAGGUUGUCCAAACGAAUGGCCAUGUCCACCAGGUUAGCUCCCGUCGGACGUCCUCCCGCAAAUGGCACCGGAAAUGGUCGAUCAGGGCCCGCUCGUUCCACCCGGACCCCGCUGCCAGCGUCUGAAACUCCAACGCGAAGUCCUGCACGGUCCUCGUCCCCUGCCUCAGGUGAUCGAAGACCGCCCAAAAGAGGCGAGCGAACUCCCCGUAGUCCUCCAACGCGGCUCCUCCUUCGUUCCAAACCGCGUUGGCCCACUCCAGGGAUUUCCCCGAGAGGCAGGAAAUGAGGACGGGCACCUUCUCCAGGCAUGCGCUCCUCUCCCGCUGACUCCAUAGCGGGUGGGUGAUUCUGUGAUGAGUGUGAUUAGAAGGAGUCAGGCGCAGGAGGGUAAAUCACCGAAUACAGAGUUUAUUCCUUUGUUGACACACAAAUGCGCUCAAAGAGCGAUCCACGAAACAGGCACAGGGGAAACUCUAAUCCCUGGCAAAUACACUUUAACGGUAGAAUCCAAUAAUACAUAGGCACAGGGGGAAAUCUACCCUGGCAACAAAAUGUACGAGUAGCUCCACCGAGCUAUACUACUCUCACAACUAACAAUCACCCACAAGGACAAGGGGGCAGAGGGAACACUUAUAUACGGACUAAUGAGGGAAUUAGAACCAGGUGUGUGUGAUUGACAAGACAAAUGUGAUGAUGAUUGGGGCGGCAGUGGUUAGUAAGCCAGUGACGUCGAACGCUGAAGCCUGCCCGAACAAGGAGGGGAGGCAGCCUCGGCCGAAGUCGUGACAAGAUCGAAUUUCAAUAUUGAAACAAUGUUGCAAAUGUCGAAGAGACAGACAGCAAGGUUUAUACAAAUCUCCGCUGUUGAAAACCAAAUGCUAGUCUAAAAGAAGAUCAUGUCUAGAUGCUCUUUAUAGUGCAGAUCAAAUUUAUAAAUUGCCUGGCUGGGCUGAUGAGACAGUGGAUUGCACAGUGAGAUGGAACAGAGUAAAUAGGUAUUUCAACGUCAUAGCUUUAGCCGGUGGUAACUUGUGGAAUAGACACCGGCUGGAAUGCGGUUUUAACCAAUCAGCAUCCAGGAUUAGACCCACCCGUUGUGUAAUGAUUGAUAUAUCAGUGUCUCUCAGUCUUUUUGGAACAGGGACCAACAUGCUCUGGUUUUCUACAUUGAUCACUUUAAGUGAAAGGUUCAUCAUGUAAGUCGAUCUGAGGUACUUGAGAAGAGGCCACUGGCUCUGCCCUGAGUGUGACUCUUUGACCUAGUGUGAGAAUGGCAUGGCUGUUUCCAUGACUCUAUAUGGAGUAGAUGGCCACCCAUAGUAAUUAUAUUUAUAUGAUGCCACUAGGCUUGGGCAGUAUACUGCAUACUGUAUACCGGGGUAUUUGGAAAUAGCCACGGGAUGGUGUUUCAAUAUCGUCAGUAUGAGUCACUCACUGUUGUGCAGCAUGCCCCAGGUGAUCUAGUUACAGUCUGGAAUUCACAACUAAAUCUUUGCUAGCUAGAUAUCUUCUAACUACACUGAACAAAAAUACAAACACAACAUGUUAAGUGUUGGUCCCAUGUUUCAUGAGCUGAAAUAAAAGAUCCCAUAAAUGUUCCACACGCACAAAAAGGUUAUUUCCCACUCUAAAAUGUGCAGUUUUGUCACACAACACAAUUCCAAGUUUUGAGGGAGCAUGCAAUUGUCAUGCUGACUGCAGGAAUGUCCACCAGAGCUGUUGCCAGAGAAUGUAAGGUUAAUUUCUCUACCAUAAGCUGCCUAUUCAUUAUAUAAACACAAAUACAUUUGCAUUUUAUCGACAGCAAUUUUAAUGCGCAGCGAUACCGUGACCUGAGAUCCUGAGGCCCAUUGUCAUGCCAUUAAUUUGCCGCCAUCACCUCAUGUUUCAGCAUGAUAAUACACAGCCCCAUGUCGCAGGAUCUGUACACAAUAUCUGGAAGCUGAAAAUGUCCUAGUUCCUGCCAAUAUAGUUCCAACAACUUCGCACAGCCAUUGAAGACGAGUGGGACAAUAUUCCACAGGCUACAAUCAACAGCAUGAUCAACUCUAUGCGAAGGAGAUGUGUCACGCUGCAUGAGGCAAAUGGUGGUCACACCAGAUACUGACUGGUUUUCUGAUCCACGACCCAUACCUUUUUUUUAAGGUAUCUGUGACCAACAGAUGCAUAUCUGUAAUCCCAGUCAUGUGAAAUCCAUAGAUUAGGGCCUAAUUUAUUUAUUGAAAUUGACUUGAUUUCCAUAAAUGAACUGUAACUCAGGAAAAUCGUUGAAAUUGUUGCAUGUUGCAUUUAUAUUUUUGUUCAGUGUAUUACGUUAACUGUUUAAAAUGUACUAAAUGCUCUGCAGUUGUGAUUUUCGUUUGAUAAUUUAGUAGCUAGCUAGUUAUCUAGCUAAGUAGUUAGCUUCUUGCAAAAUCAAGCUUCUCUUGGGAACAGCAGAGAAUCCCCUCCUGGAUCAAGAGCCUUGCUGUCUAAUAUUUGUUUUGUGUGUGCAGCAAACUAUGAGUAGCAUUUUUUUGUUACUUGUAUAAAUUUAUGAGCUGGGAUGUCUGUUCUGCAAAUAAUGUCAGAGACUGUAUAACAUGUUCUCAAUGGGCUCAUUAGCAUUUAGCUAGAAUUCGCUAUGGGAUGUACUUGUUAGCAUUGCUAACCUUAGGAUUAAAGAGGCUCAGUGGGGUUUGGAAAAAAUGCCCCUUGAUGGCACAAUGUCGGUAUGAAGAUAUGACAAUCUGGAUACUGCCCAAGCCAAUCUGGAUACACUCCCUGUGUGUUCCAUGGUUUAUGUAAUUCCAUAAAGCAUGGCUCCGGUUGUCUCCCUAUCUGUCAUUCCAGGAAGUCUUCCCUCCCGUUGACUCUUCUAAUCCGGAACGCUGGGAUGCUUCCCGGGGAGCAUGUUCAGAGGUCCCACGGGGCCCACAUAAAUCACAGUCCCAACCACAGGAGCCCUGGCCCUGGAGCCACUUCCUCCCCAGGCCACCGAGAUCACAGCGUAAUGUCACAGCAUGAUGAUGUCAGCCUCCUGGCCCUCUGCCCCUCCUUCCUCAACCCAACUCCACCCCACCAGGCCCACCCUAUACUGAGAAAGCACCCUCUCUUUUACUCUGACUCUCUCUGUUUCUCUGUCCCUCAAUUUCUCUGUCUCUCUCUCCCUCUCUCUCUCUCAUGGGGAUGUUAUUCCUGAACAUUAGAUCAAUAAAAUAAGAUGAGGAGGAGGAGGAGGAGAGGGCCACGUUACAAAUCACCCCACAUGAAAUCAUCCCUCCCAGUCCCAAGGAGAAAUAUUGAAUCUGCCAUUCAUUUAGGACCAAAGCAUGUGCUAUUUACUUUUUAUUAGCAGUGAUCAAACAUUGAACACUUGUUAAUGACCAACAUCAAAACCGAGCAAAGGGUGUGACUUGUUCAAAACAACACAGACUGAGCUAAACAUCUGCUGUGGUCCAUGCCAAGGUUCCAGGCUGUGCUCUCUCUCUUUGCUGCUGCAGCCUCUCUCUCAUGGUGAUUAGACAGAGAUGUUUCCAUCCUUUGACAGGUUCUGAUUUGUUCUGUGUUGAUUUAGCUUAACGCCAGGUGCAAACAGUGUGAUGGAAUCUAUUAGAUAGACAGCAGUGUGGCUAAUGAGGGCUGUCUGGGCCUGGCUGCUCACAGGUAUAAAUCCUAAUGCAGACAUAAUCUAUCUGUCCCAUAGAGCACCGCUGUCCAAGGCACUGUGCCAGUGAGUUGGAGGCACCUGGAAAUAACAUUUGUGUUGCAUGGCUUAAUAAGAUACAUGUUAGGCCUGUUCAUCAAAGGGUAUGGACUAUACCAAUUCAUCUCUUGGCCUUGCCCCAGUGGUAAAUAUUUCAUAUUGAGUGGCGGCAGUGGGGGAUUAUGGGAGAAUGUGUGUCUGUUUAAAUGGGAGGUCACAACCACACCACCAUGGGCAUCGUAAAGAAGGGAGGAGAGGAGAAAAUGAUAAACUGUCAAACUACAAACAAAUCAUGUUAAACACUGAGACAAUUAAUAGGAUGUUUUUUAAUAAGGAUUCAAUCAAGCCAAACAUGAAUGAGAUCAAUGCCUUGAUCGAAGCAGCUCAAUUGUCUUUAUAGAAUGUCUGCCACAACAUGGUAAUUGUCGGUGCCUGUGAACACACAGCUGGGAAUGUCAUUUACUCAAUAUCAAACUUUUAGCUGGUAUACUGAGUUUUUUUUUUAAGACAAAUGUUUGCUUUGCAUGAGUGUUUUUAUGUCUGGGGCUGAUCUCAUCAUGGGGAUGUUGAUGUUAGACUAAUUCUUUACAUUUUAGUUAUUUAGCAGACGGUCUUAUCAAGAGUGACUGGUCCCCCGUGGGAGUCGUUGCAUGGACCAUGCUCUACCAACUGAACCACAGGGGACAUAGGCUCAUGUGGGUGUCUCGUCUCGUCUGAUGUCCCAGCGCUUGACUGGCUGGCUGCUACUGAAGAUCUUAUUUACAGGGCUCGUGAUAUGGGCCAUGCCAGAUUGGCAACCUUGGCGUGUGCCAAACAGACUUUCUGCUUUGAACGCAAAUUACUUCCCCUUAGCUGUUUUCUCUAAUCAGCCAUUGGCCAGGAGGCCAGAGGGAGAUGGCUUCUUUAUCAUCUUCCUCUUAAAGGGAAUGAAACAACUCCUUGUGAUUAAAGAGUUGAGUUUGGUUUGCCCCUUGGGCUCUCCAUGGCACCAGUUUGUCCCAUGGCGGUUUGUUCUCAGAAAGCAUGUUGCUUAAAGGGUCUUGAAGGGUCUUGGCACUCAUGUCUGUUGUGUUCCUAUAGAAUAGCUAACGUUAGAAUGGAGAGAGAAGAUCGUCUCCCCUUCCUGUGGAUUGCAUCCAUUCCCCCUCACUGGCCUACCACUUCUUCUCAGGUUCUCCAGCUAGGGUUCUGGAUAAGCCUGGGGGUAGGGGGUGACUGGGGGCAGGCCUCAUGGGGGAGCUUGAUAGUAGGGCUGAGGCAGUACAGUACAUUGUGGGUUCAGUACAGUGCCCUCUGCCUGUGAUGGAUGUGCCAUUCGGACCUCUAAAUAGGCAUCCACAUAAUGAUUGCACUAAAUUACAAAUUAGAUUUCUGUCAAGCAGAACCCAUUUGACUAGCUAGACCUGCCCCUCUUGCUCCCCACUCCCUCUCUCUCUCUCUCUCUCCUUACCAUCACUCUCUAAAUACCCUCAGUAAACCCCCACAUGUCAAAAUGCCUAUUUUGAAGAAUGUCCUGAAGUAGCUUUGACUCCUGUUUUAGAGUAGAGCUUUUGCUGACAUUUAUUUGGCACUCAAAAGAAAGAGAUGCCACCUACUAAGACAUGGUAUAUGACGCUUUAAAGCUUCUAUAUGUAUCUUUUUGGGCGACCCGAUCAAAUUCACAUAGAAAUCUGCCAUUCUCAUUGAAAGCAAGUCUAAGAAGCGGUAGAUCUGUUUUAUAUGCGCUAUUUCUAUAUUUCCUGUUCUUAAGUUUCGUUUUGCGUCUUUUACUUUUGGUUUUGUACACCAGCUUCAAACAGCUGAAAAUACAAUAUUUUUGGUUAUUGAAAAUAUAUUUCACAGUGGUUUAGAUGAAACUUAGGCGAACUAUAUGGAUUUUAGCAACCAGGAAAGGCGAAGCGAUUUCUGCAUAUUGCACCUUUAACUGUUUACAAGCAAAUAUUACUGAAUGGUUGCAAAUAAAAUGCCAGACGCAAUUUAGAGAUGACUGGUGAAGUACAACAAAUCAGUCAGGGGUGACAGUCUUUUGCAAUGAAUGAAUGAAGGGGGAUUCAAGUAAGGCCAACAGUCUGUGUCCCUGUGCUUCCUCUUUGUAAAGCACAAUGAAUAUGCGCCAGUCUCUCUGUCCCAGCAUCCAUGUAACCAGGGGGAACACUAAUGAUGCAGCAAGGUCACUCUUGCGUUCGACUGCAUUGGGAUCUGUGACAAUGAACAUUGUCUGGGUCAGCAUGACGGCAUGUCAAAUCCAUUCCACAGUGGCAUUCUACCCACAGUAGGUUACAAAACAUCCUGACCUAGGAUAUAUGCUAGAUACAUUUUGCUCUUUGGGUAUACGUUUGUUGUCGAUUGCACUGGCCUAUAUCUAGGGCCCAGAGUUUUUCCUGGUAAGGUAGUUAGGCAAAACUUCUGGUCCUAUUUAUGCAGUAUCUUUUUUGUUUGCCAUUGUCUUUAGCAGUGGGUUGACCAUAGAGAUGAUUUGUCAUCUCAGGUAACCUGCAGGUGAAGCUACUUCAGACAGACCUGCUCUCCUCUGUGUUCCCUCUAGUCUCUCAGUAGUAAUAAGCAUCCCUUGGCAUGUGCUCCUGCAGUCACUCAGGGCAAAAUCUGAUCCUGUCCUCAUGGGGGGGGGGGGGGGGGGGGGUCGCACCUGCCACACCCGCUGCCCCGUCACAACAGCUCAUUACCCAGAAGCAUCCCUGGUGAUUCCAGGGGCACAGGGCGGGACGGGCAGACAGGAACAGGCGCUUCGCUUUGACACGAUUAUCUCCGACCCAGCAGGGGAGCUCCCUUCUGGUCUGACCCACUUCUGA